CCAGAAUUGGCAUCAGAAGAUCUUUGUUCAAAUCUCAUCUCUGCCGAUACCUCUGUGAAACUGGGUUGUUGCAGGAAGAUGUGGAUAUUGCUUGUGUUUGUGUUCAUGUUCUCCUGGCAUCUGCUGAAUGCCUUUUCUGUUUCUGUUCCCAAAGAGAAAUAUAAAGCACGUUAUGGCAGCAAUGUGACUAUGGAAUGCAGUUUUCCAGUGGGAGAAAAAUUAGACCUAAGUGCCCUGACAGUCUAUUGGGACAAGGAGAACAAGUUUCUUGUGAAAUUUGUUCAUGGUGAAGAAGACAUCAAAAUCCGAAACAGCAACCCAAGAUUAAGGCAUUUGAAUGACCAAUUAUUCAAGGGAAAAUCUCUGCUUCAUAUCACCAAUGUGAAAGUAGAAGAUGCUGGGGCUUAUCGCUGCCUUAUUGGCUACGGGGGAGCUGAUUACAAGUGGAUUUCUUUGACCGUCAAGGCUCCAUACAGAAAAAUAGACCAGAGGAUCAAAGUGGAUCCAGUCACCUCUGAAUAUGAACUCACAUGUCAAUCAGAAGGUUAUCCUAAAGCAGAGGUCACCUGGAUAAGAGGGGAACAGGAUCUAAGUAGCAAAGCUAUUGUGACAUAUUCAAUUGGACGGGAAAAGCUGUUCAACGUGACAAGCACUCUCAGAAUCAAUGCAACAGCAAAUGAAACUUUCCAUUGCUUGUUUCAGGAAAAGGAUACCGGGAAAAAUACUACAGCUCAGUUUGUCAUCCCAGAGAAGAUAGAACCGAGAACUUACUUUGGGAUCUUAGCGGCGGUCAUUUUCCUUGGAGUGAUUCUGAUGUUUCUCUGCUUUAGAAAAAAACAUGUGAGAACAAUAGACAUAGAGAAAAAUUGUCUUCCCAGAUAACAACAACAACAAUUUUCCAGUGAACUCUAAUACGAUACAAAUGCUGGGAAGGCAUGAACCCAACAUCUCAGCCUCUGAUUUAAGCUUUUC